GAGGAGCUCACCUGUGCUGUGUGCUCUGAAAUCUUCAGGGAUCCUGUUCUCUUGAGUUGCAGUCACAGCUUCUGUAAGGCCUGUCUGCAGCAGUACUGGGAUCUGAAGGGAUCUCUGGAGUGCCCAGUUUGCAGGAGAAGAUCUUCGAGGGAACUUCCUCUCAUUAACCUGUCUCUGAGGAAUACCUGUGAGGCGUUCUUAAAGGAGAGAAGUCAGAGAGCUAAAGCAGGAUCUGAAGUGUUCUGCAGUCUGCACAGUGAGAAACUCAAACUCUUCUGUUUGGAUGAUCAAAUACCCAUCUGUGUUAUCUGUCAAACUUCAAAAGAACAUGAAAACCACAAAAUGCGACCAGUUCAGGAGGCUGCAGAAGAGUAUAAGGAGAAACUCAGGACUGCACUGGCUCCACUGCAGGAGAAGCUAGAAGCCUUUAAUGCAGUGAAGCUAAUCUGUGAUCAAACAGCAGAGCACAUCAAGAGCCAGGCCCAGCACACAGAGAGACAGAUAAAGAUGGAGUUUGAGAAACUUCAGCAGUUCCUAAAAGAUGAAGAGGCAGCCAGGAUCACUUCACUGAGGGAGGAAGAGGAGCAGAAGAGUCGCAGGAUAAAGGAGAAGAUUGAAAAGAUGACAGAAGAGAUAUCAUCCCUUUCAGAACAGAUCAGAGCCUUAGAACAGGAGCUGGGAGCUGAAGACAUCUCAUUCGCGCUGAUUGAUGUGGCCAAGCACCUGGGCAAUCUGAAGUACAGAGUGUGGGAGAAGAUGCUGGGGACUGUUCAAUACACUCCUGUUACUCUGGACCCAAACACAGCAGAUCCCAAACUCUCACUGUCUGAGGAUCUGACCAGUGUGACAUGGAGUGAUGAGAGACAGCAGGUUCCUGAUAAUCCAGAGAGAUUUGAUUGGGGGUGUUGGGUGCUGGGCUCUGAGGGAUUCAGCUCAGGGAGACACUGCUGGGAUGUAGAAGUGGGGGGUGUGGCCUGGCGGGUGGGUGUGGUUAAAGAGUCCGUCAGCAGGAAAGGGGGUGGGUAUGUGAGCCCAGCAGCAGGAGUGUGGAGUAUAGAGCUGUGCGAUGGGAAAUACAUAGCCCUGACCUCCACACUCACACGCCUCUCUGUGCAGAGGAACCUCCGGAGGGUCAGAGUGCAGCUGGACUGGGACAGGGGGGAGGUGUCAUUCUCUGACCCCAGUGACAACACUCCUCUCUACACUUUUAAACACUCCUUCACUGAGAGACUGUUUCCAGUCUUUGGUACUCUGGAGACUGUGCAGAUCUGCCGACUGAAGGUGUCUGUAAGUGUAAAAUAGCACUGUGGGAUUGUUUGUAAAUAUCACUUGAAGUCAAAGGACUGUAUUUAAUCAACUCAGAGUAGGUUUACUACAAAUGUUAGAAACAAAAACGCAUCAUAACAAAAUAUUGUGUAUAAUUUUAAAUGUAAAUACAAACAUUGUAUUGUGCUUGAUGAGAAAUGUGUAAUCUCUCUGAUAUAACCUCAGAAUGUUAUUACUGAGUAAUUCCUGUGGUAUAUGGUGGUAUAGUAAGUACACUGGUGUGUGUGUAAUUAGUUAUUCCUGUGGUAUAUGGUGGUAUUGUAAGUACACUGGUGUGUGUGUAAUUAGUUAUUCCUGUGGUAUAUGGUGGUAUUGUAAGUACACUGGUGUGUGUGUAAUGAGUUGGGGUGUAAUAAAUACAGCAGUGGAAUCACUCCAGAGUGCUGCUCUUUU